AUGAAGGCCUCUGAAUGCAAGCAGCAGACGAAUGAGAUGAGCUCCGUCUAUAAAACGAGGCAUGUCCGAACGAUGGGGAGGCCACCAGCAUCGACAUCCCGCUCCGACCCUCAACUGCACACAAUCGUUCAUCCAGUCAGUCACUCCACCCACCACGAACCCACAAGCCAACAGCCAACCAUGAGAUCUGCCGUCUACGUCGCGUGCUUCUUGGCUGCCGCCGCCCUGGCCACCCCGAUCCAACACGAAGCUCGGAUGAUCCAAGCCAAUCAGGCUUCCGGCCACAACGCCAACUCGCAAAGCAACGCGUCAUAUGGACCAGGUGGCAUGAGCCAAUCGGCUUCGUCCAGCGAAUCCACCUACUCGUCCAGCAAUGUCGUGCAAUCGAUCUCGCCCAUCAUGAGCACGAUCAACCAGCUGCAAGGCAUGAUGGGCGGCGGAAGCUUCAGCAUCUCGAUGGCUAGCCAACUCAUGAGCCAAAUCGCCACUCAAAUGCAGGCCAUGCUGACCUCAGUAAACAGCUGUAGCUGCUUCGCAUCGCCUCAAGUUACGCCGAUGCUGGGUCAGAUGUUCGGACAACUCUACAGCGUCAUGAACAGCAUGCAAUCCACUUUCGGCCAAAGUGCCAUGAGCAACAUUUUGUCUAGCUUCGGAUCACUCGCGCCGAUGAUCCAGCAAUUCACCCAACAGUACUCGUCCCUAUCUGCGUUCAGCUCGAUCUCCCAACAAGGCUUUGCCCCUAUGAUCAACCUUCUCGGCACCGUCAACCCAGCCUUCAGCAACAUCCUCCCAGGAAUGGCGGGAGCGGGAGGAAUAUCGGGAAUGCCAGCAAUGUCCGGAGCGGCAGGGAUGUCGGGAAUGCCACCCACGUCGGGAGCGCCGGGAAUGCCGGGAAUGCCACCAAUGUCGGGAGCUGCCAUGUCGGGAAUGCCAGGAAUGCCAUGA